GAGGUAGGAGGAGAGGGGAGGAUUACGCGCAUUACGCACACGCCGUCUGAAAUUUGAUUCGAGUUUAAAAGGCACUUGCAACUGUCAAAAGCCAGCGGAGAACGACGGGCAUCACAGCACCCGAAAGGAGCACAAAAGCACCAGUGCGGAGCUCCAUCCUAGGUGUCCACUUUGCAUCGUCCCGCCUGGCUCUCCGGGUCAGGCGCGCAGCGACGCGGUGCCAUGCGCCCUGCUAGCCUCGCGCUGCUCCCCGUCGUAGACACCGGAGAAAACCAAUCUUGCGCAUUCGUUCAUGCGUGUGAGCCAACCAUGGGGACACCGGACAACUUCACGGUCAGCUCGGUGAACGGUUCGGAUCCGUUUGCGCGCAACGAGGAGGUGGCCAAGCUGGAGAUCGCCGUGCUGAGCAUCACGUUCCUGGUGGCCGUGGUGGGGAACGUCAGCGUGCUGCUGGCCAUGUACAACACCAAGAAGAAGACGUCGCGAAUGCACCUCUUCAUCAAGCACCUGAGCUUGGCCGACCUGGUGGUGGCUUUCUUCCAGGUGCUGCCGCAGUUGUGCUGGAAGGUCACCUACCGUUUCUACGGGCCAGACUUCCUCUGCCGGAUCGUGAAGCACCUGCAGGUGAUGGGGAUGUUCGCCUCCACCUACAUGAUGGUGAUGAUGACCGUGGACCGCUACAUCGCUAUCUGCCACCCGCUUAAGACCCUGCAGCAGCCCACGCGGCGGUCCUUCAUCAUGAUCGUGUCCACCUGGGUAGGCAGCCUGUUGCUCAGCGCACCGCAGUUCUUCAUUUUCUCGCUGAGUGAGAUAAAGAACGGCUCGGAUGUGAUGGACUGCUGGGGCCACUUUGUGGAGCCGUGGGGUGUGAAGACGUACAUCACCUGGAUCACGGUGGGGAUAUUUCUGAUCCCCGUGUUCAUCCUCAUGAUCUGCUACGGCUUCAUCUGCCACAGCAUAUGGCAAAACAUCAAGUAUAAGACGAAGAAGUGCACGUCCGAGUCCGGGGCCCGGCAUGGACUUAUUGGGAAGAGUUCUGUCAGCAGCGUGACGACCAUAUCUAGAGCCAAGCUGAGAACCGUGAAGAUGACUUUUGUGAUUGUUCUGGCCUAUAUCGUGUGCUGGGCGCCGUUUUUUAUCGUGCAGAUGUGGUCUGUGUGGGAUGAAAACUUCAAUUUGGGCGACUCGGAGAACCCCGCGGUGACGCUGUCGGUGCUGCUCGCCAGCCUCAACAGCUGCUGCAACCCCUGGAUCUACAUGAUCUUCAGCGGCCACCUGCUGCAGGACUUCGCCCACUGCUUCUCCUGCCUGUGGCCGCGCGACCGCCGCCUCAAGUCCAAGGAGGACUCGGACAGCAGCGUGCGCCGCACCACCCUCCCCACCAAGGUGAGCACCCGCAGCCCCCCCUGCAGCAGCGGCGGCACCUGGAGGGAGCUCGACAACUCGCCCAAGUCCUCGCUCCCCGGCAUACAAGCGGAAUAACGCCACCGCCCCAACAACCGGAGACCACUCUGUACGACUGGGGAGACUUAUGAUGGGGUGGUGGGGGGGUGUGGUGGCGGAGGACGGAGUGAUGACAGCCCGCCAUGGCUGAAGGUGAUGAGAUGAUUGUGUUUUAAUGGAUCCCUGCUUGUUAUUGCCAACAACAGCAAGCAUCUGGGGAAGAAUGGCGGUGCUUCGGCUGAUUGCCGAGGAGAGGCCGAGCCAAGGAGGACAACGGGGGGGGGGGGCUCUCUCCAGAAGUGUGUGAAAGGGAGGGGGGGGGGGGGAAAGGAGACAAACUCCAUAAACAAUUGCAGUGUUUACCAGGUUUCCACGGCAGCUGCCCGGGAGUCGGGACUAAAUGUAGUUGUUUUGUUUGGAAGCCUGCGGCCUCAGGAUGGCCUCAGUGGGCCGAGUGGGGGUCCCACUCACAUCAACACAUCCUCGCUGUCCUUGUAUUCACAUAUAGAAAGAGGUGGUGCCUGAAUAUAGAAAUAUCCAAGGAAAGUGUGUGUGUGUGUGUGUGUGUGUGUGUGUGUGUGUGUGUGUGUGUGUGUGUGUGUGUGUGUGUGUGUGUCCCAAGCAUCCGACUUGACGCUUCCCACACAAUGUCAAGGAAAAGCCGACACAUUCUUCAUAAAUACUAAUACUACUACUACUCCCCCCCACCCCGUUUCCUACAAGAGUCAUGGUUUGGGUUUGUGGUUGAAGUCCCUUAAGACAUUUUGUCUGACCAACUAAGCUUUUUGUUUUCCUACUAUGGUGUAAUGUCACCCAAAGCCACAGAGAUAAUCAAUCAUGAAAUAUAAAUCAUGGCAAAAAGACUGUCUUGCAUUGUAUAGUACUGUAUAUAAAACAAUUGUAUCCCUGAUGUACAUAUCAUAAUUGUGUUCAUAUGGUGUGUCUGGCGCAUGAGCCUGUAAGCAUAACAAUAUCUUGGGAAGAAUGUUGUGAUUUUCUAUGUUGAAUGUAUUUGUAAAUAGGAGUAAUAUAUGUAAUUCUGUUGUACUUUGGAGCAUAUGCAUCUGUUGUGCGCAUACCGAGAAGAAUGUAAAUAUCACAUGGAAAUAUGUUUCAAUAUAAACCAUUGCUGUACUGAA